CGUACGGCAGAAGCCGUAUUACGUCGAAACGUGCAGUUGUUUACUUUUUGGUCAAGUCUUUUUAGAGUUGACAGUCUAAUGUGGACGUUUUAGCAGUUUCCCAGUCGUGUGAACACUGACUUAGUGCCUUUAAAAGAAAUGGGGAAACCAAAGAAAAAGAGUGACCUCAGUCGAGCUGAGCUGAUGAUGAUGACCAUCGCUGACGUAAUCAAACAGCUGGUUGAAGCCCAUGAACAAGGCAAAGACAUCAACCUGAACAAAGUCAAGACUAAAACCUCAGCUAAAUAUGGACUUGAAGCUCAGCCUCGAUUGGUGGAUAUCAUUGCAGCUGUUCCACCUCAGUACCGCCAGGUUCUGGUGCCCAAACUGAAAGCCAAACCAAUCCGCACUGCCAGUGGGAUUGCGGUUGUAGCUGUGAUGUGCAAACCACAUCGAUGUCCCCACAUCAGCUUUACAGGAAACAUCUGUGUCUACUGUCCUGGUGGGCCGGACUCUGACUUUGAGUACUCCACACAGUCUUACACCGGCUACGAGCCAACGUCGAUGAGAGCGAUCCGAGCUCGGUACGACCCGUAUCUCCAGACCAGAAGUCGAGUGGAGCAGCUAAAGCAGCUGGGCCACAGUGUGGACAAGGUGGAGUUCAUCGUGAUGGGAGGGACCUUCAUGGCUCUGCCUGAGGACUACAGAGACUACUUCAUCAGGAACCUCCACGACGCCCUGUCAGGACACACGUCCAACAACGUGGCCGAGGCUGUCAGGUACUCCGAGCGCAGCAAUACCAAGUGUGUAGGGAUCACUAUAGAGACGCGGCCGGAUUAUUGCCUGAAGCGCCACCUGAGCGACAUGCUGAGMUACGGCUGCACUCGACUGGAGAUCGGCGUGCAGAGUGUGUAUGAAGAUGUGGCCCGUGACACCAACAGAGGCCACACAGUGCGAGCUGUGUGUGAGUCGUUUCAGCUGGCAAAGGAUGCUGGCUUCAAAGUAGUCUCCCAUAUGAUGCCAGACCUGCCAAACGUGGGCAUGGAGCGGGACGUGGAGCAGUUCAUUGAGUUUUUUGAGAAUCCGGCCUUCAGGCCCGACGGUUUGAAGCUCUACCCAACGCUUGUGAUUCGAGGCACGGGGCUGUACGAGCUGUGGAAGACGGGUCGGUACAAGAGCUACUCUCCGAGUGCCCUGGUGGACCUGGUGGCACGAAUYCUGGCUCUGGUUCCCCCCUGGACACGAGUGUACCGAGUGCAGAGGGACAUCCCCAUGCCGCUGGUGAGCUCUGGUGUGGAGCAUGGUAACCUGAGAGAGUUGGCUCUAGCCAGGAUGAAGGACAUGGGCACUGAGUGUCGAGAUGUGAGGACCAGAGAAGUGGGCAUUCAGGAGAUCCACCACAAAGUCAGGCCUUACCAGGUGGAGCUGGUGAGGAGGGACUAUGUGGCCAACGGUGGCUGGGAGACCUUCCUGUCCUACGAGGACCCGGAGCAGGACAUCCUCAUUGGCCUGCUGAGACUGCGGCGCUGCUCUCCUCAGUCCUUUAGACCGGAGCUGAAAGGAGGCGUGUCAGUCGUCCGCGAGCUGCACGUGUACGGCAGUGUGGUCCCCGUGAGCAGCCGAGACCCCAGCAAGUUUCAACAUCAGGGCUUUGGGAUGAUGCUGAUGGAGGAGGCUGAGAGGAUUGCCAGAGAAGAACAUGGUUCUGGGAAACUGGCUGUCAUCUCAGGUGUAGGAACCAGGAACUACUACAGGAAGAUGGGCUACGAGUUGGAGGGGCCGUAUAUGGUGAAGGACCUCUAUGGUCCAGGAAUGGACUGAACUUUUAUCUGGACAGAGCAUACAGAGUCCCAAACAUGCACAAGUGAUUUUAUUUAUCAGAAGCAUUUUUUCUUGGACACGAUUCCUGCAGAGAAACUGUUCCGGCAUCAGGAGAGAUAAAAACGGUGGGGUUCUGUGUGCUGCUCAUUCAUCUGCUUUUUAUCUGCAACACAAAGCUGCUGCAUUUCCUCUGCUUUAUUUAGAUAAGGAGACGUGCGUGAGGAAAGCUGUUUGGGAGGGAGCCAGCCUCAUCUGGUGGAUGAGCUUUAGGCUUUAAUAUUAGAGGGGCAGAUAUUUAACCAGAAGUGUUUGGUUUAAGAGCCACAGGUGUGGGCGCUGACGUCUGAACAUCUGCUGAUGCCACCAGGUGAACUCCGUUUGAACCUCUGGAUUCACAGAUGGAKGCACGUUUUGAAAGUGGAGAUCUGCGACAAAGUUGUGGAUAAUAAUUAUCUUACCUGUAGCUCUUUGAACGGAUUCUGUUCAGAGAAGCUUUUAAAGUCUAAGACUGAUGAGCUAAUGGCUAGUCUGAGCGAGGCCAAGAUUAUUGCUGCUCUUUCUGCAAGUAUUACACAGGUUGAAAUCUUUUUUAGAAACAUUUACACAUCAUCAGUUUUUGCAUUAAACUCUUAAUAUUUCCAGUCUCCAUGGAAUUAGUAAUCAUGUUAUUUCCUGUGUUUAGUUGUGAGACUAAAGAUCUCAUCAACCACUAGAUGGAUUUAAUGAAACUGACAGUAAUCAAUAGAUACACAUCUACAACUAGUGCUUGAACCAUAGCGACACAAAAAUGUCUAACUUAUUUUCAUAGAUGUUGAUAUACAGUAUAUCGUUUAAACAUACCUUCAGACAAGUCUUAUAUUUACAUGAAAUUCUCAUUGCACAAAGCAGCGGCAGCAUGUAGCUGUAGCACUUUUGGUGCUGUCUCAGGUACUUCUGGUAGAAAUGUUAUUUUUCAGCCAGAUAGCUCCUCUAAUUUAAAACUGAUGGCAACUUAAAUGUUUAAAUCUCAGUGUUCAUGAGAACUGAUGUGAAGUUUUGAAGACAGGGUCCACUCUGACUAGCCUUUAACUUGUCAAUACAGACCCUGUUGUCUUAAAACAACUCCAGUAGUCAUAGUUUCAGGGUGAUUGAAACAAACGCUUUAUUUUAAACCUUUACAUUGCUAUUAAUUACCCAAUACACAGUUCUUUAUUCUUUAUAAAGCUGGUUAAAGUGACUCCAUUAAUGUCUGUUGUCUAAAAUUGAAACUAAAAUAUUUUUAAUGCUGCUAUGUUGUUUUUGGAGCCAGAGUCUGUGUUCUCAGGACAGAGGGCUGAUUUCUCGAUACAUCCUGCCGACUCUUUAACAGGCUGUGACUGUCAAUCAUAAUGUAACACGACACUUUGAUUUAAGCUUCAAAUAAGUCAUUGGAACUAAAUGUAAAAUGCAUAUUUGAACUUACAGUAGGAAGUUAAGAGCUACAUGAAUCCACAAAAUCAACACCUGAAAAAUUAUCUGAGGUGUAGGUUUUUUUUUUGUUUUUUUUUUUGGUCAAAAAAAGUUUUAUUGUUUCACAUGGAGGGGCAGGACUUACAGACUGAACCACAGCCGACCACUAGAGGGCGCUUGCAUCUUGUGGCUUCAGUUUCCAGUUUCCUGUCCAGCUCAGUUAUAAUCUGUCUGGAUGAUUCCAGCAGAAAUAUAUUAUUCCUGCAGGAAGCUCCCCAGGCUGAARUGAAAGUGCUACAGCUAGCUGCUGCUGCUUAAACUGACUGUAAAGUUUAUGAAACAAAGCUCUCACAAUGAUUUUUGUCUUUUUAGAUGUUUAAUCCGAUUUGGUCUUAGCUGCGUUCAGACUAGCCUUGGGGUCAUCAGUUCACUUCACUCUUGSUUUGGUAACCCUUUAUAGCUACACAUUAUUUAACCAUUUUUUUCUUUUAUUUCAUUCUUAAAAACAAUAAAAAGCCCAUUAAAAAACAAAUGAAUGAAUUACUGAAUGAACUGGUGCAGAAAGAAGAAAAAAAUCUUAGAAUAUCUGCCCCUUGUUAAUCAUUACUUAAAUCAUUACCUAAUCAUUGAUAAAUGGAUAAUACUUAAGGAUAAUUCAUACAUAAUAAGCUAUAAAUUAACACUUUUUGUUUUACCUAUAAAGGCUAAUUACUUCCCAAACUAGCAUACUCAUUGUUUAUUCAUCUGGAAUAACUCAUGAAYUAUAUACUGUGUGUAUAUGUAUGUAAAUACUCAUAUAAAUGUACUUUCACAGCAGUUGCCCAGGUUGUAAUCUCCUGUUGUUCCAGAAACACUGUAUUACCAUUUACAGUCACUCCAUCUGUUCACCCAAUGAGUUUAUAACAGGCAGAUGGUUUUCAUUCUUUAUAACAGGCAGAUGGUUUUCAUUCAUGGUACUGACUUUAUCUUUGAAUUAUAUUAACAAUUAAUUAAGAGAUGUUUAGAUUAGAUUCAAGCCAACAUGUAGAUUUGCUCACUUUAGAAGGUCACAAAUACCCAYAUUUUAUUAAUUUAUGAAAUCUCCUAUGAGCAUUUCCUGACCAAUCAACCAUCAAACUUCCUCCAAGUGCAUGGUCUUAAAACACAAUCAAUGAAAUAAAAUACAAAUAAUUUUAAGUGGAGUCCUUUUUAUUUAUGUAUUUAUUUUAUGAUAAAGCAAGCAGUCAGUGUGGUGGCCCAUGUUUGUUUGUUUUAGAGAACUACAUUAUUAGAAGUCUUAACAAAUGGUGUGAUUUAUAUGACCAUUAUACAUACACAUAUACAUAAUGUAUAUACAUAUACACAUUGUAUACAUAUACACAUUCAUGAGUUAUUAAGCAUGAAUAAACAAUGAGUUUGUUGGUUUUGAAAGAAUUAGCCUCAAUAAAUGUGUAAAUCUAUAGCUUUUUAAGUAUGAAUCAUCCUUAAUUAAUGAUGUCUAUAAAGUUUACUAAUGUGAAGUAAGGCUAAAUAAGGUGAAGUUCUUAUAAUGUGUUAUACUUGGUUCUGCAUUCUGAUGUCAUUGAAAGAGUUAUGAUCAAGAUUAUAUAACUUUUCCACUGGACUCCACUUCAAAAUGUGUAGAAUAUUUAAGUGCUCUGUGUUCUCUGACAUCUUGGUUUCCCUUGAGUCGUUGGUUUGUGGUAAAUUUCCUGUUCGACAUCGUUGUUUGAGUUAAUCCUCUUUAUGUUUAUGUUGCAAUCAAAGGAAACCCCAUUUUUGAACGAGGGUUGUCCUCACUGGGCAGCUGUUGUGUAACUGCUCUAUUUUUAAUUGUAUGACAGGAAAUUAUUAUUAGUGUUGCAUAAAGAGUCCUUCAGAUAAUCCUGUUUGUCUGUCAAGCAUUCCAGGGUUUUAUUUAUUCUGGGAAAAUCCAAACAAGCUCAGAGCUUUCUUUCUUUUUUUUAAACUAAAGUCCAUUUGAGUUUUGA